AUGCUCACGCUCGGAACAAUUCUUUACGUUUCGCUCCUUCUAAUUAAUGCAAUGGCAGUUCUCAGUGAGGACCGAUUCCUUGCGAAAAUUGGCUGGUCCUCUGUCCAGAACCCCAACGCUGGAUACGGAUAUACCCAGCAGCAAGAUGCUGGUGUCAAAGUCCGAUUAAUCAAUCUCAUUAGUGCCGUGCGGACCCUCAUGCGCAUACCACUCAUAGGGCUGAAUCUUGUCAUAAUUGUGUACGAGCUAAUUCUUGGUGGCUGA